GCAGCUGUCACUGUAGCAGGCGAGUCAGACAGCAGAUCCGCUUCAUUCAUCUAUUUUAAAAUCAAUUUAAUCUGGGCGUUACAGAGACCGAUUAUAUAUUUAACUGUCGCUACUUUCCCCCGAACGUGCUGCAAUGGCUGACCCGAAGUAUGCCAACCUGCCGGGCAUCGCAUCCAACGAGCCUGACGUGUAUGAGACAUGUGAUCUGCCCGAGGAUGAUCAGGCCCAGUUUGAGUCGGAGGAGUUGUGCAGUGACAGCGUGGAGCGGAUCGUCGUCAAUCCAAACGCCGCCUACGACAAAUUCAAAGACAAACACAUCGGCACGAAGGGUCUGGAUUUCUCUGAUCGCAUCAGUAAGAGUUGCAGGGUGGGCUACGAGUCUGGAGAUUACGAGCUCUUAGCGGAGGGUUGUGGGGUGAAAGAAACUCCACAGCAGAAAUAUCAACGACUGGUGAACGAGAUUCAUGAGCUGUGCCAGGAUGUGGAGCAUAUUCAGACGAGCACUAAAGAGAGCGGUGCAGUGGAGCGUCUCACUCCAGUGGCGUUGGCUCAGCAGGCGGCACAGCUCAAACAGCAGUUGGUAUCUGCUCAUCUAGACUCACUGCUGGGACCAAAUGCUCAUAUCAACCUCACCGACCCGGACGGAGCGCUGGCCAAGCGGUUGUUGACACAGUUGGAGGUGGCGCGGGGUGUGCGGAGCUCUAUGGGUGGAGAGGGGAAGACGGCGCCACCCAAAGGCCCUGAUGGAGUGAUUCUGUACGAGCUCCACAGUCGACCAGAGCAGGAGAAAUUUACUGAGUCUGCAAAGGUUGCCGAGUUAGAGAGGCGAUUGGCUGAACUGGAGACCGCUGUGGGAUCAGGAGCAGAUAAACAGGGUCCUCUCAGUGCAGGGGUUCAGGGAGCAAGUCUCACGGACACUAUAGAGCUGCUGCAGGCUCGAGUGAGUGCACUGGACGCCGCAACUCUGGACCAGGUUGAGGCCAGACUACAGAGUGUUCUGGGAAAAAUGAAUGAAAUCGCAAAGCACAAGGCGACCAUCGAGGAUGCUGAGACCCAAAAUAAGGUGUCGCAGCUGUAUGAUGUCGUUCAGAAGUGGGAUGUGAUGGCGUCCUCACUUCCUCAAGUGGUACAGAGACUGAUCGCUGUUAAAGAACUACAUGAGCAGGCGAUGCAGUUUGGGCAGCUGUUGACUCAUCUGGACACGACACAACAAAUGAUCAACAACUCACUGAAGGACAAUACGACUCUACUAACACAGGUGAAACAAACCAUGAAGGAGAACCUGGUUGCUGUGGAGGAGAACUUUGCAGCUCUGGACCAGAGAAUGAAGAAACUCUCUGAAUAAAAGUUUGUUUUUAUUACGUGAGGUUGAAGGACAGGGAGAUAAUUUUCCCUUCCAUUAGAUUCAAGCUCAUUUCUCAAUGCAAAGCAAAUGAAAGGUUGAGACCAAAUGUUCCACACUACAGAACACUGUUAACCUUUAACCCUUAUGUCUCUCUUAUGAGCGGAGACAAAUUUAUCAUAACAAUACUGUAGCUUAAUUACAUAUACAAACUCCAGUGGCAAUGUCUAAUUCAACCCAUGCAGCCAAGUAUGGAACUUCCAGUUUAAAAGAUGAUUUAGUGUCCUUUGUUGUGUAGCAUCAAAAGAUUUGUUUUGUAUUUGAGAGCUUUCAUUAUACAUGAUAGAUAUGGGCUGUUGUGACGUUUUGGAGGCUCUCAGAAACUGGAAAUAUUCUGUAUAUGCAUACCUGUAUGUACAUUAAUAUGUGCUCAUGACUGAUUGCUUGUAACCAUUAAUGUAUUAUUACUAAGCGCAAUGUUCACCGAUUAUGAUCGUAAUUUUCCAAAAUAGAAUUUCAAAUGCAUCUCUGGAUGUGAUAAUAAACAUGCUUUCAGAAAUGUAAGCGUUUAAUUUUCAUAUACAACACAGAAUCAAUGAUGACAUUACAAUAUUUAUACAACUUUUGGGUAAUUAAUUCCCAUUACCUUUUUUUUCAGUUGUAUUACAUAAUUUAAAAAGAAAAUACUGCACUCACAGAGCAAUUUCUUUGCUAAUGAAAAUUAAAAAUGUAUAAUCACCAUAACAUUUUCAUGUCACAUUCGUGUGAUGACUUAAAUUACUUCCAACAAUAACUAUAAAUUUUCGCAAUCAUGCAAAAGUUUAUGCAAGAAUGUUUUUGAUAUAAAAUGACAUAAAUUGGAGGCAGAUCGCUGCCAUCUGGUGAACUAAAUAUAAAUAACAUGACUUGAAAAUCAUGUCAUGCCAGUAACAGCAAGUAGAUGACUGUAGACACAUACUGUGUAGUCUGAUGACUUGUUGUAACCUAAUUUUAUAGUUUAUCACAAGAUAUGCAUUUGGAUAUAUAUUUAGACAUUAUCAAACUAUUAUUUGUCAAAGUUUAGCAUUUUAAAAUUAAUUUGAAGUGUCAGUUUUUGCAGUUUAUGUCAUUAUGCUUGCAAUCAAACCUGACCAUGGUGUUACAAAGAGAAAACACAGAAUAAGCAUUUUUCUACAAAUAAUUUAUUUCAAACAUACAAAUUUUAUAACUCAAAGUAAAUGCAUAAUAAUGUCAAGAAAAUAAACAUCAAGAAACAGAAAUGAACAGAAUCAAAGUAAACGUGUGUCAGAUUGCUGUCAUCAGCUGGAAAACAACAUAUGAUUUUUAAUGCCAACAAUGACCAGAAGAUAGCUGUAGAACUCCACUUGUUGAUGCCCAUUCUGCGUGUGUUCUGCAUUGUGUUAUCAUCUCCAUUUCAGAGUGCGUUUAGCAUUGUGGCUGAUUCAUUGGUUUUAUUUGAUAAAUUAAAAAAAAAUAAAAAAUCCUCUGUGUUUUAGUCUCACCAGUUCAUUCUUGUAUGUUUUGCACUGAGGAUGUUUUAGAGUCUCACUCUGUAAUUUCUGUCUUUUUUUUCUGCUUUGUGGCCGAAGAUUUAUUGAUUAGAGCAAUUUUUUUUUUUAAUCUGUUUUCUGGUCUUUCCCAUUCAUUUCCAGUGGUCAUCAAUUUAAGGAAAAUGUAUUUCGGUCAAAAAUGACCAAAGACCAUAGGAGGGUUAAUUCAUACCAAAAUUUCCAUGACUAAAAGGCCUGUAAAAUCCAAAUUGAAAUUCCCUGAAAUUUAUUUACCUUAAAAAAAAAAAAAGAAUAAAAAAAAAGAAAAAGAGAGAGAAAUUAGACAGUUUCGUUUAAAAUGUUUUAAUUUGUUAAAUAAAAAAUCAACUCCCAAUAAAAAAAGAAAUGCUACUUGUCCACGA